AUGGUGCCAUCCGGGGCGUUCAGGGUCCGGGGGGGCUGCCUGAGACCCCUGUGCAGGAAUUUUGCCCGCGGAUCCUGUCGAUGGGGCCAGAACUGCUGCUUCUCACACGGCAGAAAGUCAGCCCAGAUCUGCAGGUAUUCCCAGAGCGGGUUUUGCAGCUAUGGGGAAAGGUGCAGCGUGAAGCACAUGGCCUUCAAGUUCUCAAGUAUGAAGGUUGAGGAGGAAGAGAAAGAUAAGAACGCCCCAGCACUUGAUAAUGUCCCUUCUGGGGCCAUCGGUGGAGAAGUCGCCCCCGCAGGAGCCUCAGUGAAGAGUCGUUGUCGAGGUGGGUCCAGUGCAGAUGCUGCAGCCCCUGCAGUGGACCCUGUGGCCACCACGGCCACCACAGCCACCCUGGCUACCCCAGUGGCCACUCGGACUUCUGCAAGUACUCAAGUCCCAACAACAUCCACCACGAGUACCCAGACCUUGGCAGAAGGCCCUGCAACGACCCCGGGGACGGAUGGCAGGGCUGAGUCGGUGCCGGUGUCCGUCACCCCGAAGAGGAGACGCACAGAUCAUGAAGGUCCACAAAGGCCAUCAGAGGAGGAGGAACCAAAGGUCCCUGAGGAGCUGGGUGCUGCAGCAGACCCGGUCCCCACUGAGGUGCUGAGGGCCCGGAGUAGUGCUGUGGUGUGUGGCAUCUGCAUGGACAGGGUGUAUGAGAAAAGGCUGCCAGAGGAGAGGCUGUUUGGGAUCCUGCCCAACUGCAGCCAUGCCUACUGCGUGGGCUGCAUCCGCCAGUGGCGCCGCAGCCGCGAGUUUGAGAACGAGAUCAUCAAGGCCUGUCCAGAGUGCCGGGUCACCUCCAGUUACUACAUCCCCCACAAGUACUGGGUCUCAGAUGCGGCUGAGAAGGAGAAGCUCAUCAAAUCCUUCAAGGCACGGACAGGGAAAAUCAGGUGCAAGUUCUUUGUCCGGAACCGCGGGCGCUGCCCCUUCAAGUCCGACUGCAUCUACCUGCACGAGCUGCCCCCCGGCCCCUUGCCGCGCCGGCGCCGGCGCCCGCCCAGGGUGCCCCUGGAAUUCAGCCUUUCCCUGGUGGAGAGCUCUGACGAGGGUGACGAGGAUGAGCUCUACAUGCUCGAAGCCGAUUUUGAGCUGAUGGGGUCACACUUCGGCCACAGGUUGCUCUUCACCGACUACAGCGACUCCGACUAA